CCCUCCUCUCAGCUGUGAGUGAGGAGGUGAGAUAAGCCGCGCGCCGGCCGCACAAACCGCAACCCAUCGCCGGCUCGCCGCCGCCGUGGCCAUGGCAGCCUGCACCUCCGCCGCCUCCCUCGCCUACCCGACCAGCCUAGGGCCGCCGCGCCGUCUCCACCUCUUCCGCGCAUUCGCGGCGUCCUCCUCCUCGGGGAGCAAGAAGAAGGGCAGGAAGUCCAAGGGGGACGCCGGCGGGAAGGGGAAGGAGAAGGCGCUGGAGCCGCCGGCCCCCGUGAUACGCCGCGCGCCGGCCGGGAGCGCGUCGGUGUUUCAGCAGCAGCAGCAGCCGGAGCCGGGGUCCACGCCCGGCGGCGCCGGCGGGAAGGGGCCCACGGAGGAGGAGCUGCGGCAGCGGCAGGCCAACGAGAACGCCUUCCUCCUCGCCUGGCUGGGGCUCGGCUUGAUCAUCCUCGUCGAGGGCCUCGCGCUCGCCGCCUCCGGUUUCUUGCCAGAAGAAUGGGACAGCCUUUUUGUCAAGUACCUUUAUCCAUCGUUUACUCCUACGGUCAUCUUAUUUUUGGCGGGUACAGUUGGAUAUGGUAUCAUCAAGUACUUUGAAGGUGAACAAAGCAAAAGCUAGAUGGUUGCACAAAGGUGAGUAAAAAAAUGAGGUGGGGUUGGAACAAUUAGAGUGUAAAUGUUCGUAUUUUUCCAUGGUUAAGAGUAUUGACUACUACCAUCGUAGCUGCACAAGAUAACAACCAGAGGCAUCAUGCAAACUGCAGCGCAACUGGUCAUCUAUUGUUUCCAUGGCUAGAAAGUGCUUGGAGGCAUCGAAAUAGCUCAAGGUUUCCGAGAUGGUCUCUCUAUAAUGCACAGAGUGGUCAAGAGGAUCAUCGAUAAACUGAGUUUCUCGAAGUUAGACGGCACAGAUAAGUUGUAAUUCGACCCAAUUGUAUGAGCCUUUCAAACUUACGUUGAGCGUCUGGGGAAGCUAAGAGCUCUGUAAUUCCAAUCAGUCUCUCGUUUGUCUACUCUCUAGCUAGCUUCUUCUAACUCAUGGGGUUUGUUCAGCGAGCAAAUCCAUAAAUUUGUAUUGCUGUUAUGUGAAUGAAAUGACACGCAUUCGUUUGGUUUGAAUAAUUUUAUGCGUUUCAGGUGGAUUAAAU